AUGGACUGGGGAGCAUGUGGGCUACUUGCAUUAGCCGGUAAAGGCACAAUUUAUCUCUAUAAAACUACUAAAAAUGAUAUUUCUUUCUUACGAUCCAUUGAAAUUCUAAAUUCUAACAUAACUUGCCUUAAAUUCCACUAUGAGCUACCUUAUCUUGCAAUUUCAGACGAUUGCGGAAGAGUUUUGUUAUGGGAUUGUGAAUCAGGUCUUACACUCGGAAUCACUCGUCAAGUAUCUGAAGCUCAGUAUGUAUCGGAGCUUCAAUGGUCCGGUAAAAUCGUUUUAGGCUUUGCAGAACCAAAUACAAUUUAUAGUAUCGAUUUUUGGCCGUAUGAAGCUGAAGAUCAAGCGAAAAACUCACGAAUACUUUGGAAGAUAGAUGUUCCUGGUACAUAUACAAGGAUGGCUGUUAAUAGUUCAGAUAUAUUCACUGCAAUUCUAUAUUCUAAUGGUCCAUCCUUUACAAUUAUCACGUCAAAGAAUGCCAAGCAGGCUCCAACAUCUCAAUCUCAAUCCCAUACUUUAGAUAAAUCAGAAAAAAUCGUAGAAAUUCAACAUCAUCCCCAUAUUAGUAAUAUUUUAUUAAUUAUGCUUGAAGGAAAAAUACUUACGUUUAACAUAGCGACCAAAUCUGGCCGAAAUCUUGUAAUCGAUGAAUCAUCCCAAUCAUCUUUCCAUAAACUGCUUCCUUCUUUAACAAAUGACAACGAAAUUGCAGUUUAUGGUCAAGACUCGUCACUCAGUAUCUAUAUCUGUAACGAAGACUACAUUUUUACAAAAUCAGGAACAAUAAAAUUGAAAAGAGAGCUGUUUGACUUAAAAUCGAAGUAUUUACCACUAUCCGCUGCAUGUAACCGUGCACUUCCCGAGCGAUACAUCGCGUUCUCUCCAUCAAAUGGCUUAGUUAUGUUUGCCAUAAAAGAUGAUAUACCUUACGUCAUCGCGCAGUCUCAAAUUAUACCACAGAUACCAACCUGUUACGAUUUCUACGACGGAAUCCUUGCUUUCGGCACUCCAACCGGAAAGAUAAUUUUCGCAGACGUUUCAGAAGGGAAAUACACACAGAACUACCUUGCAUCCAGCACAUCCAUUGAAAAGAUCAAGUUCCUUACCAAAGAUGUCCUUCUGUGGUACUCAAAAACCGAGUGUGGAUCAAUAAAUCUUCCCAAGCGCCAAGUUAUUCCAAUCCACACUCGCCUUGGCCCUGCCACAGACCUAAUAUGUUCAGAGGAGCUCGGCGUUUUCGUCCACGGCAAAUACGACCUUGGUAUUUUUUAUGAUGUCAAACAAAAGCCGAUGACUCUUCAAACAUCCAUCACCGCUGUUGCAGUCCAAGUAUCCAGAAUACCAGCAACAUGUUUCCAAGGCGAUACUCCCAAUUUCGCCGUAUUAUUAUCUACCGGAGAAAUCCAAGUCUACACAUACAAGAACGGCAUAGCACAGAUGCCUGUUCUGAGGCUGCGUAACUCACGGGAGAACUCCAGGACAACUUGUCUUGCUUGGAAAGGCGAUUGCAUCAUAACUGCUGACACAGACGGCGUAAUUAUGUUUUACGACUUUGCUUUCGGUACAUCGAAGCAAACAUACUCUCCUUUCAUCGACAUAGACAGGAUAGAGUUCGAGAGAUCAUCCAGCGGAUUGUACGUACACGCGAGAGACGGAAAAUUUGGUUUUUCACUUGAAAAAGUGGAAAGUUGUCCUUUUUCUGUUUCCUCAUUCGCUGUAACAGGAAAUGGACUCGUCCUCGUCUCCCCGCUCAAUGACGAAGCCGUGAAAUUCGUUAUUGCAAGAGACUGGAGAUCUGUAAAAAGAAUCACUUCACCUGCCCUCUUAAAACCGCUAAAAACCGCCCAGCAACGGUUAGAGCUUAUGGGUGAGCAAUUAUUAACGAAUCCUACUACAGGAACAUGGUCAGAAGCACUUCAAAUAGCUGAGAUAGCUAAUGACCAUGGAUUUCCAACUGAUUCCAUUAUUUGGAAGUGUGUUUCACGUAGUUUGGGAGGUCCGAGGUUGCAAGCACGACAUUCCAUGUUUGGAGGGAAAGAAGAAGUUGUUUCCGCGUUGAGGAUUCAAUCUUCUCUGUUUUCUCCUGCAGAUACUCCGAUUUCUGCCAUUUUCAACUUGUUAUUCAAGUUCAGAAUGGGUGAUAGAAGAGGAGCUGUCGAAGUUUUCAAGAGUCUCUCCAACAAAAGCGAGUUCACAAUAGUGGCAAGCAUUUGUUCGGCGUUGCUUCUCGGUUACGAAGAUAAAAUUUUGCCACAAAACGUGACAGAAUUUUUGAUAACAACCGCUGUUCCACUUUUUGCACAGCACAGAUUUAUAGAAGGCUGUAUAUUGAUGCAUUUAGCUGGCGCUAAUCUUUCUGCCGCGAGAUAUCUUCAGGACAACGGAAGAUGGGAAGAUUCUGUCGAAGUCUGCAAAUUGGAAGAGUUUUCGAAUGAGUCGAAGAGUUUGUUGAGAAGAGCCGCCCACCACUUCUUGGAUACUGGAAAUGCAAUGAACGCUUUGUUGCUGUUCAUAUCAAUAAGAGAUUUCCAUCCUGCUUUGGCAAUUUUGAUGCAGAUAAAAUACAAAGCUCUCGCGUUUCAUUUGAUGAUGUUCUUGGAUAGGGCUGAUGUAAUUAAGCCGUACGACGAAGACACUUCGAGAUACGCAACACAGUUUGCGGAUUUGGAUACUUUGAGACAGGAUAUAAUUGUCAAAUAUGACAAAAUAAUUAAGAAAUAA